AUGGAAGACAGUAACCAAAUCUCGGAUCUCUGUAAUCUUGAAAAGGAACUCCUAGCACCCUCUAGACACGUAGGAAAAGUUCUAGAAAAGCUGUUCAUCAAUAAAAUGGUUCGUGCAUUCAACUACUGGUUGAAGCUCUCGGAGGAAGACUUCCUUAAAGGAAACUAUGUAACGGACACAGCGGUCAAAGGAAUCUUCUUGAUUGACGACAUCCAAGACGGCUCGACCGUCAGACGCGAGGUUCCCACAGCUCACCUUGUGUAUGGAGUCGCCUUAACAUUAAACAGCGCUCUGCUCAAUUUAUCAGAAGCUUCGCAAAAGGCCUUCGAAUUAAUACCCAAUGGAGUGAAACCGGAGCGUACAUAA